AUGGCCUUCUUUUCCCUGGUCAUGCAAAGAGCUGCUAAGAGGAGGACCAGUUUUUAUGCUGAUGAUGCAGCGCUGUUUAUAAAUCCUGUUGAUGGUCUCAGAGGAAUUGAGGAUGCUAAAGGAGGGAAGUGUUUGGUCAACUGGACUAAGGAUAUCUGGCGUCAUAUAUGCUCCUUUUUGCCACUGAAAGAUGCUGCGCGUGCUGCGAGCGUGUCUCACUCCUUUAAACGUUUCUGGAGGUGCCGGCCCAACCUCACCUUCAGUAAGAAAACAAUGGGCUACAAGAAAAAUGCACGUAGGCGGAGAAUAACAACAAGAGAUUACAACAGCAGAGUUGACCAUAUUCUGAGAAACCACUUAGGCACUGGUGUGAAGACACUCAGGCUUAAAUUGUAUGGUAUUUACAAUGCCAACACUAGAAAUUGUCUUGAUAGUUGGCUCCAGAUUGCUGUUAAACCAGGCAUAGAAGAACUCAGCCUCAUACUUUCAAAUAUCGACCAUUUAUCAAACGAAGCAAUCUACGAGUUUCCAUGCUCACUUUUAUCUAAUGGCAGUGAAAACACCAUUCGUGAGCUAGACCUUUUAGGUUGCGCCUUCCGCCCCACGGUAGGAAUCGGUUGCACGGGAAGCCUGACGAGUCUAUGUCUGUCUUGUGUGAAUAUUGAGAGUGAUGAGUUGGGGUUCCUUCUUUCCAAUUCUCUGGCUUUGGAGCGAUUGGAACUCAAUGAUUGCAGUGAGAUAUUUUCUAUAAAGAUACCUUCCCUGCUGCAGCGCCUCAGCUACGUGAUGGUGUCCGGUUGUUCCAUGCUGCAAGUGAUUGAAAGCGAGGCUCCAAAUAUCUCCAGUUUUCACUUUUUCCAUGAUGAUGAUGUUUUUCAUGAUGACGAUGUCGAUCAACAAGUACAGCUAUUUCUUGGAGAAUCACUGCAGAUGAAGGAAAUCUUCAUAUCACAUUCCUGCGUUCUUCAUUAUGCUCUCGUCGUGCUCACAUCCAGUAUGCCGAAUCUUGAAACUCUUACUAUGCAUUCGUAUUACGAGAUGGUCAGUACACCAACGCUAGCAAGCAAAUUCCUCCACCUCAAGUAUUUGAAUAUUUCUGUAUUUGGAUGGAAGUUUGCCUCGGCACCUCGGUAUGCGGACUAUGAUCUUUUCUUGCUGGUUUCUUGUCUCGACGCAUCUCCUUGCUUGGAGACUUUUAACCUAGAUGUACCAAUGAGACGCCGGGAGCAUGACUCAAUUUUUGAAGACCCCCCCUCACAAUUGGGGCGGAUUCCAGGACAAUGCUAUGCCAAUCUUAGGCAUGUGAAGAUCACUAAAUUCCGCUCCACAAAGUUAUUGGUUAAGCUCACAUGUCAUAUUCUUGACAGCACACCCUCGCUCGAGUGCCUCACACUGGACAUAACUGAUGGUGGGCCGACUUGUUCCGAGAUUGACAGAUGCUUUGUGGGUAAAGAAACUUUUAUGGAAGCCCCUAAAGCGCUUGCGGCUAUCCAGACUUACGUCGAGGGAAAAGUUCCCUCCACGGCUAAGUUGAAUGUCGUGGAGCCUUGCAGCCGAUGCCCUGCCCUUUGA